AUGUGGAUUCUCCCCUCCCUCCUCCUCCUCCUCCUCCUCCUCCUCCUCCUGCUCUUCCUCCUUCUCCUCCUCCUCCUCCUCCUUCUCCUCCUCUUCCUCCUCAUGGAUCUUCCUUCUCCUUGCCCCAUCUCCUUCUCGCGCUCUUUCUCGUCAUGCUCUCGAUCCAUGUUUCAGCACUACGCCGCCCGUGCUCGCCUCGGUGCAAGCAUGCGGCGGCCGGAUUUCGUGAUCCAGUUCCGAUGUGCUCGACUCGUCUCAUGCAUGCUUUUUAAACGCGGCAGCAAGUUGGCAGGAGGCAGAUUUUCUGGCAGGGGUCCGUCCUGUCCGAAUUUUCAAGCAGGGGGUUUGCCCUGA